UUUUUUCUCUUUUCUCUUUAGACUCGAUUUAUUAACAUUUCUGUGCUGCUGCUGCUGUUCUUCAAUGGAGGUCGUCUUGCUUAGAAAGGAGAACCAGUAAUCAGUAUGCUUUGCUUCAGAGCACAUAAAUGGCUACACCAAAAGUGAAAUUCGAUUGAACAAAAGGCAAUAAACGGAAAAGUUACCUGUCAACGACAAACAUUGAUAUUGGUCAAACCUCUUGGAGCUCCUUUAAUGGCGGUGGAAAAGGACAAGCUGAGAGACGGAGCACUAGCUGCAGCCACCUUCUUCAUUGCACUCGCAAUCUCUUUUCGCAUAAUCAAGCAGCUCUUCAUAAACCUCAAACGAAAGAAAUCGUGUUAUUUGAACACAGAACACAAACCUCAGCACUCGUUCAAGCGUGUCUUGGCGGACAACUCGUAUUCUCAGUUCAAACACCUAAAGCUCCACACAGCAGAAUCACAGUCCGAAGAGGAGUAUUCAAAUUUGCAUCCGUACAAGGGGUCGAUUUCCGAGCUAAUCAAGGACCCAAAUGUGGGUUUUUUGGAGCUUCUUAGCGAGUGCGAGGAGAGGAAUUUGGAGAUGAAAGGUUCUCAUGUGUGGGUUGAGACUGAAUCCCAGUUGAAGGAGCUAGUGGAGGUUUUGAGCAAUGAGAGGGUCUUUGCUGUGGAUACCGAGCAGCAUAGUUUCAGGUCCUUCUUGGGUUUCACGGCCCUCGUUCAGAUAUCCACCAUGCGUGAUGAUUAUUUGGUGGACACAAUUGCCCUGCAUGAUGUGAUGCAACUUCUUAGGCCAGUGUUCGCUGAUCCUGGAAUAUGCAAGGUAUUUCAUGGGGCUGAUAAUGAUGUUCUUUGGCUGCAAAGAGAUUUCCACAUAUAUGUUGUCAAUUUAUUUGAUACAGCGAAGGCAUGUGACAUCUUAUCAAAACCACAAAGAUCAUUGGCAUAUCUGCUUGAAACUUACUGCAGUGUUUCCACAAACAAACUGUUACAGAGAGAAGACUGGAGACAACGUCCCAUGCCUAUGGAAAUGAUACAGUAUGCCCGAGUAGACGCACAUUAUUUGUUGUAUAUUGCAUAUCGUCUUUGUUUGGAGCUCAAACAGAAGAAAAACGAAAGUUCGUCUACUGGUGAUGAAUUCCAUUUUCUUCUUGAGGCCAGUCGGCGUUCGAAUGCAACAUGUUUGCAGCUUUUUGCGAAAGACAUUGAAGCUUAUCCAGGAGAAUUAGCUGCAUCAUCAAUAGUUUCUCGUUGCUUGAAUGAUCAAGGGACUUUUUCAUCCAGUCUUUGUGAUACAAAGGAACUUGUUAGACGGCUGUGCUUGUGGAGGGAUAUAAUGGCCCGUAUGCAUGAUGAAAGCUUGAGAUUUGUUUUGUCGGAGAACGCCAUCAUUGCACUAGCAUCCCAAGUCCCAACAACCGAAAAAGAUAUUUGCAGCUGCAUAUCCAAAGCCGACCAAGAUAAUGAAUCUGCAGCUGCUGCUCCUCUCCAAUCUCCAUCUCCUGUAGUUUGCUAUCAUUUGGAGGACCUUCUAUUCUUGAUCGGUGAAAGCACAACCUUUUCUGAAAAUAUAUUCCCAGUUUUCAUCCACCGGCACCUGGGACCCUCCGGUAGUUGUCCUCUCUCUGCGUAUAAUUAUGCUUUGUUGUCCAAAACUAGCCUGGGACUAAACCGGAAGUCCAUCUCGAGCUGUAACGGAUUUAGGGCUUCCAAACAGGUGGCAAAGAAGGCUUCUCGAGAGCUCUUUGUUCAGAAGUUCUCGUGCAAAUCCCCAGUUUAUCACAAUUGCAAGAUCUAUGCAAAUGACGGGAGAUUAUUAUGUUAUUGUGACCGCAGAAAACUUGAAUGGUUAGACAACUAUCUCUAAAAUGCCCAAUACCUUUCUGAAACUCCUUGUACUUGUCUGAACUUGUUAAUAUCCGUGGGCAUGAUUAUUCCGAAAAACAAAAGAAAACUCCUGAAUCUCUGGUAGUUACAUGAAUAAAGUCCCUCUCUUAAAAUUUACAAAAACCCCCGUCUUAACAUUUUGACCCCUUCAUAAGUGGAAAAACCUUCAAAAACCCCACCCCUAACCUUUGUAGUAACAUCACAGUCGCCUGCUUGAGUUCAAGACGAUAUAAAACUUAUCAUAUUUUUAUUUUUCACUUUUUUUGGCAUGUCUGGAAAUGUUUUCCUCUUCUUUUGGGAUAAUGACCUUUAUGCCCAUUUUCUUUAGGUACCUCAAUAGGAAUCUAGCUAAACUUGUGGAGGACGAUCCCCCUUCCAUCAUGCUCCUCUUCGAACCCAAGGGACGGCCAGAGGAUGAAGAUAACGACUUCUACAUGCUACAGAAUUCAUUUUCCCGAGCAUUUGAAAAGUCACCGUUCGCAUGACAUCGUCCUCCUUUGCGUGGAUUGUCAUGAAACCGCUCACGCUGCUGCCGAGAAGUACAAGAGACAGGUCGCGGAUGAAUUCAGAAUCCCGUUGUUUGUUCGUAAAGUGGUUGACUUUGACAAGAGUCAAAAUGCGCAUUCGUCAUCUAUGCCUGUUGUGUGGUCUGAGGAGAUUGGUGUUUCGCCUCUACAGUUGCGUACGGCUGCUAUGGCCUUGCUGCGUCAUGGCCCACAGAUGCCGUCUGAGCGUCGUGAAGAAUUAGUGCAGAUUGUCAGGACAUACUAUGGAGGGAGAGAAAUAUCAGAUGAGGAUCUCGAAAAGGCUUUGCUAGUUGGAAUGACUCCUCAUGAAAGAAGAAAAUUCGAAAAAAAGAGAGGUUUUACAUUUAAGUAUCUGCCGAGAGAAACCAAUGCAGAUGAUGUGAAAGAAACUAAUGUCUCUAAUUCAGAUCAACCAAAGGGUGAAAGUUUUGAUUCUUUAAGCACCAAUAUGACAGAGACUGAUGAAAAACAAGAUUGUGAGGAUAUUUUGAUGGCGGGGCAUCGUGAUGGUGGAAAUUUAUCUAAUAUGACGACAAGCCAAGCGGAUGAAAAAGAUUAUUUGGUGAAGCAGGAAUCAAAAUUAUCGUUAUUAGGACACGGGCCCCACGGGAAGCAGGUAGUCGCACAUCUGCUGAGGGAGUACGGUGAAGAUGGGGUCCGUGAAUUUUGUCAGAGAUGGAGACAGAUUUUCGUUGAGGCACUUCAUCCUCGUUUCUUGCCUGCUGGUUGGGAUGUUAUGCACAGUGGUAAGAGAGAUUUCGGAGAAUUCAGCGUAUACAAACCGACCAAGAAAGCUUCGGGCGUUGCUGCAGAAGGAUAGAGCCCAAACAAUUUCAUUUAUUGUUUCUAUUUCUUCUUUUUCCUUUUCCAUUCUUCUUGCAGUGAGGAAUGCUUGCAUUUUUGCAUUGUUCUCCCAUGGAAUGUUCAAACACUGUAUUGUUGGUUGAUAAGGACUACUAAUGGUACUUAGCUUUUGUUUAUUCUCUUGGGUUGAAGGAAGUUGAGAGGACUGCUAGGGUAUUUAAUUUUUAUUUAUUUUCUUGGGUUGAAGGAAAGUGAUUCGAGUUGAAUUUCUUUCUUAAUGGAAGUUUUCAGUUGAUUCAGCAAUGAUAUAUGUUGUUCUGUUUCAUUAAUAUUAUUGUCAUGGAAUUAGAUUUCUUGUUUUACUUUUACAUGCCAUUUUGUAUUUUACUAAUGAAUGAUUAUAAAUGAAAUCAUGU